AUGGGAAGCAAGAGGGAUGACAUACUGGCGAAAUUUGGCGUCACAACCGACGAUUCAAAGAAAUAUGACAUAGUAACAGAUAAGUUUGAUGGCUAUUUUGUAAAGCGAGGAAAUAUUAUCUUUGAACGUGCAAAAUUUCACCGACGUAAGCAUGAAACAGGUGAGUCGGUUGACUCCUUUAUCACUGAUUUAUAUGGCCUUGCCGAACAUUGUCAGUUUGGUUUGUUACACAACGAAAUGCUCCGUGACCGUAAUGUGGUGGGUCUAGCUACCAAAAGCUGUCAGAAAACUCCAGUUGGAUGCAGACCUUACCUUGGAAAAGCCAUUAACACUGUGCCACAGAACGAAUCAGUUAGAAGCCAACAAUAUAUCGUUAGAGGACAAGAUGACGCAAGUCAACCAGCAAAAGUGGACAGAGUUCACAAGUCCAAACCUCAGAAGCCUCCCAGGGCACCACAGAAUCCUCAAAGAAAAUCCUACAAGCACUCGGUCGGCCAAAACGAUGUAAGCAGUGAUGUCUGCAAACGAUGUGAUAAAAGUCCAACUCACAAAAGAAUCCAGUGUCCUGCCAAAGAUGCCCGUUGCCAAAAAUGUAAAAAGAAAGGUCACUUCCAAGCCGUCUGCCUAAGUGGAAAAGUAAAUACAGUCGUAGAAGUUGAUUCAGAUUACUUUCUUGGUGCCCUUGGUUCAGACGAAAUCGACAGUCUACACAGUGAUCCUCGGAAAACAAAUGUCUCUAUUAAUGGCACUAGCGUUGAAUUUAAACUCGACACGGGAGCUGAUGUCUCAGUUGUUCCCGACUUCAUCGUUCCUAAGCUGACUGCUACACUUCACAACACAAAGAGGACCUUGACAGGGCCUGAUGGGUACAAGCUCAAAGUCGUUGGAGUAAUGUCUGCCACCUCAAAAGCCAAUCGCUUGGAAUCAAAGCAAGAGAUCUUUGUUGUAAGGAAUUUGAAAGCUGCACUACUUGUGAACACACCUCGACGAAUUGCACUGUCACUUAUGCCUAAAGUUAAAAACAAGCUGGUGGAACUAGAGAGACAAGGAGUGAUGUCAAAGGUAGACCAACCUACAGACUGGUGUGCUCCUAUUGUAGCUGUCCCAAAAAGCAACGGAGAUGUUAGAGUCUGCGUAAACCUAACCAAACUCAACGACCUAUUGAAAGGCGAACGACUAAUACUCCCGUCUGUUGACGAUGUUCUCGCUCAGUUAAGCGAAACGAAAGUCUUUUCAAAGUUAGAUCCGAACUCUGGCUUCUAUCAAGUUGAGCUUACGCCAGAAUCGGCUCUACUGACAGCCUUCAUAACACCGUUCGGGCGGUUCUGCUAUAACAGGCUAUCGUUCGGAAUAACAUUAGCACCAGAGUACUUUCAAAAGAGAAUGCAGUCUGUAUUUGCUGGAGUGGAAGGAACGUUAACAGUCAAUAUGAUUGAUGACAUACUGGUCUAUGGGAAAGACCAGACAGAGCACGAUGAGCGCCUCGAGAAAGUGUUACGCAAGCUUGAAGAAGCAGGAAUCACCCUAAACGGCGGAAAAUGCGAAUACUCAAAGGCAAGCUUGACAUUCCUUGGCCAUGUGGUAGACCCGUCUGGAAUCCGUCUUGAUCCCGAGAAAAUAAAGGCACUCCGCGACAUGGAAGACCCUACUAAUGUGACAGAGCUUAGACGCUUCCUGGGAAUCAUGAAUCCACUGGGAAAGUUGUCUGACAAAAUUGCCGAAGUAUCAAAACCUCUGAGAGACCUGCUCAGUCCAAAGAAUUCCAGGGUUGGGGAAAGCCCACAGAAAGAAUAA